CUUUUACCGUCUGCGCCUAGGGCUCUAUAUUAUAUAACGAGUUGUGCUUAGACAACUAUCAGUAUAACUUUAUAUCAUGGAGAUUUCAGUCAGGAAAUUCCUCUCCGCAUUGGUCUUCAUCUUGGUGGCCUCCAUGAUCAGUCCCGGCGUGGACGCCACUGGAACAUAUUAUCCAAGACCAUACAUGUACUUCUACAAGUAUGUUCCCUGGCGCAGACCCCCGUCCACGUGUCAGAAACCAGAGACGCCUUGUUACAACUAUGUCCUGACUCUCGUCAUCGAUGGAACGGUUGACCUGAGUAACGUCCAAGGAACGCGCAGUGACAUUCUGGCUCAUCAGAGAUUGGCUGGUCGCUCUGAGACGGACGCCAUUGCCGAGGGGAAGAGAGCCACUGCGUGGUUAAAGAACAAAUACGGCAUCGAUUUCACCGGGAUACCAGACGAAGCGUACAUAGAUGGCACCAAGGCAGUGACUAGUAAAGACGGGGCCUUUACAUUCAGUACCUUCAUCCUGGACCCCGCCGCCAGGUAUAGGCUUGUGUCAGCCAGUAAAGGAGAUAAAGUGCAGUUAUUCAAUACCCCAGUGUCCGAGUCAGGCUGGAUAGUUUCGGUUAAUAAAGAUGUCAAGGCAAGUGGUACAUUCAACGGACUUCUCCCUGAAGGCGCAAAGAUCUUGUACGGCGAUUACGUCACUUCUUUGUGCAACCACGUGACCGGACGUUGGUUCUACUUCCGCUCUCCAUGUCGCAAUAUAUUCCGAAAGGCAAGACUUGUCAUCCAUUUCGAAAGCCGGACUUUUUUGACUUACGGAGACCUUACGAUAAUCGACGCUAUUCUGAAAGAGAGAUCGUGGGGGGCUGGUUUGGGGCGAGGGGUGAUGUUUUCAGAGCCGGGAAAUAAGAAGUGUGCUCGGAACGUGAUGACAUUUCCUGCCACUUUGCCAUAAUUUCGGUAUUUACAUAACUUUUGACAGCUGAUUGGUGGUAUAUACAUUACAUAGGUUUUAAAUAGACAGAUGGCUUCUUGAAUAGAUGUACAAUAUUCUGACGUUGACUCAGACAUUGGCAAGUGUACCCUGGAGGUGUUCUAUUCCCAUAGAUGUAUGGUUAAAAUGCGUACUGAUGGCAAUUAAUUCUAUUACCUACUGAGUACAUGUAUUUAUGCAAUUUUGGAAUUUUGGGAUACACAUAUCAGUAAAAAUAUUUUUCAUAUAAAUUUAAAACAAGCUACAGA